UUACAGGAAGUGCAGAGCAGCAGUGAGGAAUGGAUCAAUCUACAGGUGUCCCUCCUCAUCAACUUUUACCGACUUUCCACACAGACAGGAAGCUACUGUGUUUUUCUCUUACUGUAUUUUCAUCCUAAACUGAAAGAGGAAGCUUUUCUCUCGUCAUCUGAGUACUUCAUCUCCAGUCUCCUGCUUGAGCUGCAAGCAGAGGGUUCUUCACUGCUAUGGACGUCUACGAAGAAGCACUGAGCUAUCUCGAGUCACACCAUAUAGCAGCAGGUGAAGAUGUCCUGGAGGAUGUCUUCCAUGAGGAGGCGGUGUCCUGUUUUCUCUCCCCCCUCAACUCUGAGAGCAUAGAUUUCCCCGACAGCCUGAUAUCAUGCAGCCAUGAAGAAAUGCUUGAGAAGAAAUUGACAGUCCUGAGGGGAAUCCUUGAGAGUGAGGAGGUGUAUCUAAGGGAGCUGGACGCCCUACUAACGCCCAUGAAGGCUCUGCGGGCCUCAGCAGGGACAUCUCAGCCAGUGCUGUCUGGUCAGCAAGUGCAGACUGUUUUCUACCAGGUGCCAGAGCUGAGAGAUGCUCACCACACCUUUUACUCAGGCCUGAAGGCCCGUCUAAGCGCUUACAGCCACGCGGAGAUAAGCUCAUCGGAGGAAACGGUGAUGUGCAGAAACCCUGAGCUGGAGGUGGGCGACCUGUUUCUGAAAAUGGUAAACCAUCUUGGGCUGUACGGAGGGUUCAUUGAAAACUAUGAGAAAGCCGUUGAAGUAGUUAGGAAGUGCACAACCUCAGAUCCUCGCUUCCGCACUCUUGCAGAGAGUAUGUACAUUAACGGUGCUGACAAAGCUCGAACAACAUACACUUUAGAAGCUCUGCUCUAUAAGCCUUUGGAUAGAGUAACCAAAACCACACUAGUGCUGCGUGAUCUCCUGAAGACGACACCGGUCGAGCACAAAGAUUUUGCAGCUUUACAGGAAGCUCUCAGACUGUCCCAAAGCUUCCUGUCUGGUGUCAAUGAGAGUUCACAGAGUAAACGUGAGGUCACGCUCACCCAUGGCAUGAGAAGACAGUUGAUGCGUGACGGCUUUGUGGUGGAUGUGAGUGAAGGUGUCCGCAGCCUUCGCCACCUCUUCCUCUACACCGACCUCCUACUGUGCACCAGAUUCAAACAUGCAGCCAGAGGGAAGCAGGACCAGUACCGGUUCAGCUGGUAUCUGCCUCUGGCUGGACUCAAACUCCGUUGGGUCACAGAUCAUGAAAGACCUUCUGAUACGACGGUUCGUCUGCAUAGUUUAAGAACCAAGAUGUUCCUCUUACGGCAGCAGCUACAGCAAAACGUGAAAGGGAGCAGGGGCCUGACUUGGACGGCUCCCAGCAGGAAGAAACUGGAACAGAUGGAGCUGCUACUUCUCACACACUCCCCAGUUUACAGACUGGACCUGCAUAGCCCCAGUGGAAAAAGUCACACUUUAUUCUUCUCCUCUCUGUAUGAACUUGAAGAAUGGAGAGAAAACAUCCACAAACUCACCACAGAAAACAUUGAAACCGUCCCUCCAGACUUACUUACUCUCACCAGUGCGUGUGUGAAACUGAGAAUGACCCAGCAGCCCCAUCUUCACAGCUCUAUUGCAGCAGAAGAUGAAAAUUCGUUAUGUGGGACAGUUAGUGUGGCGAUCCAUUCUGCUUCCGGUCUGCAGGAACCGGCUUGUGUUUAUGUGUGCGUUGAGGUCGAUGGUAACGAGUUUUAUGAUCAACAAGCCCAGACACAUUCCUCUGUCUGCAGCCUCAACCCACACUGGGACCAGGAGCUGUCCUUCCAGGUGGAUGGUGCACAGAAGAUGAUGGUGCUCUGUGUGAGUCAGUCUAAUGGACAGGAUGGCACAGUCUUGGGGAAAUCUACUCUAAAGUUGGAGUCUAAAAGCCUGAGUAGUCGUUGGAGGAGGCAGACCGUGCAGCUGGGUCAGUUGGAGGUGACCCUCUCCCUGAAGUACUGUCCACACCAGCUGGAACCACCAGGCUCUCCCAUUCAACAACCACCCAUCUUCUGUGUCCCCAUCCAGACGGUGGCUCAACAGGAAGGAGUGUUUGUUCCUCAUGUGGUGAGAUGCUGCGUGGAGGAGGUGGAGAGGAGAGGCAUGGACGAGGUGGGAAUCUACAGGAUAUCAGGCACCGCCACAGACAUCAUCUCACUUAAAGCUGCGUUCAACAGCAAUCUGAGGGAAGCAGUCACAAGAAUGAGAAGCUCCGAGGUGAACACCGUCUCUGGUGUCCUAAAACUCUACUUCAGAGAGCUGCCGGAGCCUCUCAUCCCCUCUGAGCUGUUUCACAGUCUGGCAAACACACUGGAAAUACAGGACAUGGACUCACGCCUCGUCUCCAUGCUGUCCCUGCUGCAGUCCACUCCUGAUGUCAACCGUAACACUUUCCUCUACCUGCUGCAUCAUCUCCGAAGAGUUGCAGAGAGAAAACAUAUUAACAAGAUGACUCUGCUAAACUUGGCAACAGUUUUUGGUCCCAGCCUCUUGCGCCCCCCGGUGGCAGGAUUGGAGCACAAUGGCGUCACAGUGGACAUCUCUCAGGAGGUGGUGAUACAGGUCCAGGUGGUUUUCUCCUAUCUGCAGAGCGACAGUCUCCCUGAACCCCAGACUUCUCUGCCAUACAGCUCAGAUACUGAGGAAGAGAACACCCACAUGUGAGACAGCCAUCCAUCUGGUGGCCUGAAAGUGGUUCAUACAGCAGGAGGGGAGACAUCUGAGCUGCAAAUGUAAAAUAAUAAACUUAAUUUAUUGUUUUAAAAAAA